AUGGAAAAACUUUCUGUUCUUUUACUGUUUUCAGCUGUUUUAGGUUUGUAUGAUUCAAAGAUUUUAAUGAUGAAUAAUUUAUGUAACCAUGAAAACAACUUUAAACAUGAAUUUUAAUGUUUAUAAUGUAAAAAUAAAUUUAAUAUGACAUUUUCAAUAUAAUCUACAUCUGAUAAAAAUAAUUUAUGAAAACUUUUUGUCUUCAGGUGUCAGCUGUGAAGAUCUCAUUCCACUGGAGAAAGAAAAGUUCAGUUUAGAGAGCAGCUCAGUUACUCUGUCCUACAAUUACUCCAGAGAAGCAUCUGCUGGUGAUACAUUCUUCUGGUAUCAACAAUAUCCAGGAACACCACCGCAGUUUCUCAUCUCACACUCAGGAUCAGGAACACCCAUAUCAGAUCCAGUCUCUAGACUGUCUUUUCAAGUGAGUGAGGAUAAAAUCCAUGUGAAUCUACAGAUCUCCUCUGCUGCAGUGACUGACUCUGCUGUGUACUACUGUGCUCUGCAGCCCACAGUGACAGGAAACACCAAAACUCUCUACAAAAACCAUUGAAAACACAAUACUCCACAACAUCCACUAGAGGGAGUCACACCCUGUUCAUCUUUUCCUGGUCUGUGAUGAUUCAGUCUAGUCUUCUCUCUCAGGAGACAUUGGUGAUGAAGAGCUGCAGUCAUGAAUUGUUUUAACAUCUAAGUCUCCUCCUCCUGACUGCAGAGGAGCUUCAUGACAGAGAUCUGUGUGAGUUAAGCUGAGAUCAUCAGACCAAUCACAGCUCACCAAACUUCCUCAGCCUGAUCCUUCACUUACAGCAUUUCAACUCUACAAACAUGGAAAAACUUUGUUCUUUUACUGUUUUCAGCUGUUUUAGGUUUGUAUGAUUCAAAGAUUUUAAUGAAGAAUAAUUUAUGUAACCAUGAAAACAACUUUAGAUAAGAAUUUUAAUGUUUAACAUGUUAAAAUUUAUUUAAUAUGACAUUUUCAUUAUAAUCUACAACUACACAAAAUAAUUUAUGGAAACUUUUUGUCUUCAGGUGUCAGCUGUGAAGAUCUCGCUCCAACUAAAAAUGAGGAGUCCUGUAUAGAGGGCAGCUCUGUUACUCUGUCCUACAAAUCCUCCAAACUAUCAUCUGGUGAUUAUUUCUUCUGGUAUCGACAAUAUCCAGGAACACCACCACAGUUCCUCAUCUCUCACUCAGGAUCAGGCACACCCAUAUCAAAACCAGUCCCUAGACUGUCUUUUAAAGUGAGUGAGGAUAAAAUCCAUGUGAAUCUACAGAUCUCCUCUGCAGCAGUGACUGACUCUGCUGUGUACUACUGUGCUGUGAAGCCCACAGUGACAGGAAACACCAAAACUCUCUACAAAAACCAUUGA